CAACACAUUGAAAACUGGUGGAAGUUAAUUAAAAAUUCCACCAAAAAAUCCGCUAUGACAUUAUAUUUCGAAACCCCCGUUGUUUUUCCAGAGCCCGGCUCGAUAUCCAUCAACAGCGUCUGGCAUUCCAACACCCCGCUUUUGGCCGUCGCCGGUUUUUCGCAAGACAGAGGCGGCUUCGUCAUCAUAUUCGACGAAUUGGGCGAGUCGCUGAAGAACGUGAACUACCCGGUGCACAGGAGCUUCCAAGUCACGGCCCUCGCCUGGCACCCCGACCGUAUCCUGCUGGCCACAGGCUGGGAGAACGGCGAAUUGAAAAUAUGGAACGGCACCGAUAAGGAGUUUUCCGACGUAGUCGGGCCCCACAAGGCGCCUAUUACUGCUCUGGCAUUCAGCGAAAAAGGCAGUAGAUUAGUCACAUGCGAUUCGAGCGGGUCGGUGGUGGGCUGGAAAAUGGCCGGCAAGGGGGACACGAACCUUUCGUUCCACCUGGAUCUGAAGGAAUCCGUCACGCAGAUAACCUUCAGGCGAACGAUAAAAAUGCACGCGGACUUCGACGUGGAAGGCCUCGCCAAAGCGGCGGUGAACGGGGACGAGAACGCCCUCGAUAUGUUCAGCAGCUGGCGCCCCAAGACCACUGCCAGGAAAUUCAAAGUCCAAGACGGCUCGGACAACGUGAAUUUCUUCAUCGUCACUCAAGCGGGUUCUGUGUAUUACGUGAACACCAGCGGGUCUUGUUCUGAAGUGUUCAAUACCGACGGUGUAGCCGUAUCAACGAUGCUAUAUCAUCGUUCCAAAGAUGCUGUGGUCAUAAUGUUGGAAGGUUUCACUAUUUGCUAUUUCUCCGUGGAUUUUCGCGGCCAAUUGACCGAAAUCACCAAGGUGAAGCUCAGCGGAAGGGUGCAAACCAGAAACGUCGGCAAUCAGAGCAUCACGUGGGCGGGAAUCAAUUGCCUAGCUGUAUUAACAGGGGAUUUGGUAGCGCGCGUUUGGGACAUCGAAACGAACGACAAUUACGUUUUGCCCACGCAAAUGAAACUGUACGACACCCAGGACAAGUACCACACGGUGAACGAGAUAUUCACUUGCGUGUCGUACUGCAGUUUAAAUCACACGCUAUGCGCCGGUACUAACAUCGGCAGAGUGUACUUCUGGACUAGGAGACAGAAUAGCUCGGAGAUUGAGAGUCCCGACGAUUUGUGGGAAUUGAACAACGUGAAUUCGAUCAGCGGCACCAUCAAGCAGGUGAUUUGGGGCUCGUUGAUGACCAGAUUGCCGCUGUUGAGCGUGAAUUGCGUGACGUCCGUGUACGUGAUGAAGGAGCAGAGCGUUUGCUGCAGCUUCUCGGAGAAGAUUUGGGCCACGCAGAAAACCUCGGCGCAGGUGCUGCUCGAAGCUGAUAGAGGGGACUACGUGUUGCAGUUGGAAUCGCAAGUGACCGAUAUGUCGAUUUCGGAGGAUAUUUUGGCGUUCACCGACGGCAGAAGCGUGUCGAUUUACGAGAUCGCUUGGAAUACGAGCGGCGACGGUAAAGGGGACAAUACCGACAGGAAUUUCUCGGUUAAAUAUUCGAAUAGUUUCAACAACGAUAACGAAACUAUCAUUGUUUAUCGAAGGAACGUUAUAGCUAUGAAUUCGAAAACGGUUUCGAUUUUAUCCACUACUGGGUCUACAGUGUUUUUGAUUCCCGGUACAUUGAGCGAGGGCGAGAAUAUCGGUAUGGACGUGACGGCGAAUUUUUUGACUGUGUUUACCAUGGAAGGAUAUUUGAAAAUUUACGAUUUAUCUGAGCAACCGAGGCUCGUCACGCCGUUUCGAAACGUCUACGACAUGGUGGCCGAUUUUGGGGAAAUAAUCCAAGCGAAAACAAAUUCGACGGGCACCAAAGUGGCUUUCGCCGUGGCGGCGGCGAAUUUGGUGCCCGACGGGAAGCUCUACGUGUGGGACAUCGAAAAGGACGUCACGUUCUUGUACGAUUUUCGAAAGUACGAUUUCCUGGAAGGCGAGUAUCUCGAUACGUCGCCAGAGGGCGCUGGCGAUAGAACGUCGAAAUUCGACGAAUAUUGCCGCAACAGGAUCCCGACGGGCUUCGCGUGGGACAAAUCCGAUCCCAGGUUGUUGAUUUGCAGCGCCAGAAAGAUCAAAUUGCCCGGCCACGGGAAGGGUUUCCUCGCCAGGACCAAAUCGGAGGAAAAGAAGAACUUGGGCGACGAGGAUCACAUAAUCAUAACGAUGUUCGUAUCGUCGGAUAACGGUAUAAAAAUUCACGAUAUCAAAUCCGCCGAAUUGGAGACGAAAUUGCUCGCCUGCAUCGCCCCUUACAUUGUAUCUAUGCAAAAAUUGAGCGUAGUCAGAGACACGAUGAGCGAUUUUGUCGGUUUGGAGAACUGCGACAGCUCCACCAGCAGCGCCGUACUCGAAUUCAGUUACAAUUUAUCAUUAGGCGACAUGGACGCCGCUUUUAAAUCCAUUAAGCUGGUCCAAAGCAGCAGUGUAUGGAGAAGCCUGGCUAAAAUGUGCGUGAAAACAAAACGUUUGGACGUGGCCGAAGUCUGCUUGGGCCACAUGGGAAACGCUUCCGCCGCUAGAGCUUUAAGACUAGCCGCCACCGACGAUUCCUUAGAAUUAGAAGCCAAAGUAGCCCUUCUGGCCGUUCACUUGAACAUGCUGGAAGAAGCCGAGCAACUAUACGUCGAGUGCGGCCGGUACGACCUGCAGAACAAACUGCUGCGCAGCCGGAACAAAAUGGACGCGGCGCACGCCGUCGCCGAAUCGAAGGAUCGCAUCAACCUGAGGAACACCGAGUACAGCUGGGCGAAAAUGCUCGAGCAGGCGGAGGAUUUCAAAGAAGCCGCCGCGAGAUACGAGAGGGCCAACACUCACCUCUACGACGUGCCCAGAAUGCUCAGCGAUCAUCCACAGCAGCUGCAAGCCUACAUGACCAAAACUAAAGACAAGGAAAUGAUGAAAUGGUGGGGCCAAUACGUCGAAUCCCAAGGCGACAUGGUGUCGGCUCUGAAAAUAUACUCCAACGCGGGGGAUAUAUACUCGCAGGUGAGGGUGUUGUGUUUCCUGGGCAAGGAAUCGCUGGCGGCCGAUUUGGCGCGCGGCAACGCCGACAAGGCGGCCUUCUACCACAUGGCGCGGUACUACGAGACCGUCGGGAACUGCGAGGAGGCCGUCAACAUGUUCACCAAGGCGACGGCCUACAGCAACGCGGUGCGCCUGUGCAAGGAGAACAACAUGUCGGAGGAGCUGUGGAAUCUCAGCGUGGUGGCGUCCGGCAAGGAGAAGAUCCAAAUAGCCAAGUAUUUCGAGGAGCAGGGCGAUUUGGAGCGAUCGGCCGUGUUGUACCAUCGCGGCGGCAUGUUGCACAAGGCCAUCGAAUUGGCGUUCAAGACUCGACAGUACGACAUCCUGCAGGAGAUCGCCUCCGAGUUGAACGUCGAUUCCGAUCCGGCAUUGGUGCGGAAAUGCGCUGAGUAUUUCAUCGAUAACGAGCAAUUCGACAAAGCCGUGGAUUUGUUGGCUAUCGUUAAACAGUAUACUCACGCCAUUGAAUUGUGCGUGAAGCACAACGUGCAACUCAACGAAGACCUUGUGGAAAAAUUAACGCCCUCGAAUGAAUCGGUGGAUGAGGAUACCAAGAUUAUGGUGCUGGAAUCGCUGGCUGAAAGCCUGAUGGUUCAAGGCGAUUAUCAUUUGGCUACGAAAAAGUUCACUCAAGCUGGAGACAAGAUUCGAGCGAUGAAGGCUUUACUAAAAUCAGGCGAUACGGAGAAAAUCACGUUCUUCGCGAGCGUUUCUCGACAAAGGGAAAUCUACAUCAUGGCGGCUAAUUAUUUACAAACGACAGAUUGGCAAAAUCAUCCCGAAGUCCUUCGAAACAUCAUAACGUUCUAUUCGAAAGGCAAGGCUUUGGAUCUGUUGGCUAAUUUUUACGUGGCCUGCGCUCAAGUGGAAAUCGACGAAUUCCAAAACUACGAGAAGGCCUUCGGCGCUCUAACGGAGGCUUCGAGAUGCCUGCAAAAAAUUACCGAACCCCGCGACCCCAAGCAAAUUCAAAGAGCCACCGAAAUAGUACAACAACGCUUAACUUUGGUCAAGAAGUUCGUCGAUAUACGCAAGCUGUUCGAAAGGGGCGACGGACAAACGGCCCUGACUCAAUGCCAGCAGUUGCUGAUGACCAACGGCAACGACCUGGAGGUGGCCGUCCGACGCGGCGACAUCUACUCGGUGAUGAUCCAGUACCAGGUGAAGACGGGGAACUUCUCCGAAGCCAAGCAGAUGUUUAUGGAGUUGCGGCAGCUGCUCGAGCGCAGCGUCAACACGCCGAUCACCUAUUACCUGAGCAAGGAGGUGGUGCAGGCGUUGGCGGACGGUCUCGGCGUGCCCGUGCCCCAUCUCGUGCCGAAGGCGGCGAGAUCACGGGCUGAAGACAACGACGAGGCCGUCGAGGAGGUCGUAGAAGAUUAGAAUUAGGGGGUUUUAAUGGUCUUAACGUUACUAGUCAAAAGUCAUUAUUUUUUAUUAAGUGUGAGUAUGUAGAUUAAUAAAG